AUGGCUCCACUAGUUACGUAUCACACAACUCUCCGGCUGAUUGAAUCCGCCCGGCUCACACCCACCGAGCACUCGAUCUGGAGAGCUUUUCUGGACGAAGCCGUUGAUCCAGAAUACGCUGCUUGCUAUGUCUGGGGAAGGAUUCACAAUGACUCCUCUUGUUCUCUAGAGCAAGCCCUGAAUGAGUUGAAAAUUGACUGGAAGCGACUGGUCACAAAGUUGGCCAGACGAGACUCAGUCUCAUCUCACGAAUCCAUAAUCGUUGAAGCUCGAGACAAUUCGCAUUGCUUCAUGCUGAAACAGAAGCCAUCGGACCCCAACGUAUCCGUUCGGUUCGAUCAUGUCUGGGUCAUCCCACCAAGCCUUUUCGAUGACAGUGACAUGGAUCCGCAGGGUCCUCUUUAUCUUCUUUUGCAAGCAUUUUUGACCCCUGCCAGAACAUCCGAGCUUCAGACCAUUUUGCAGACUAACAAACUGGAAUCCCGACUCAAAAAUCUAUUAUUACUCUCUCCUAGCGUUCAUUUGGCUUUUCGAAAUGGACACCUCCGAAUCUUUCCACCAACUUCUACCAGGGACCAGUGGAAUGAUGAGACCGAGACCAAGGUCAAAACCGCCAGCAAAGUUUAUUAUUUUGUGUCUAGACUUUUGCCUGAGCCUUGUGGUUCACUUUUUCUUAGCGAUGGCAGCCACUGGGACUCACUAAUGCAAAUGUUCACCAUGGAGAGCCAUGACCCCAAUCAGCCUCUUCCAGACCCAUUCCUGUUACGAACGCAUCACCGCAUUGCAGCUUCCAUGCAUUUAUUCCAUGUCGAAGAACGAAUCGCCGAGGGUUGGCCCUCGCCCCCGUUGUUCAACUUGAACAUAAUUACUCAGAAGAUAUUACGCUCGUUCUGGCAUCUCGUACCUCACUUGAUACGUGUCCAGUGUUACAGUGUGCUCUUAAAACUAGGCACGCAUCUCUACCCGCGGUCUUUCACUGGUCUCGUGCACCAGUUGCCGUUCGGACUGUACGCAAAAGAAUGCACCCGCUCUCCCAAUGAAGGAGAAGCACUAAAGCUUGUGGAACGAUAUACCUCAAUCCCCGCGCCCCUUUGGGUAGAUGACUACCAGGGCACGCACCGCGUUAUUAUCAUGACGGCCCUCUCCGGACAAACGCUGGAUGCUGUUUUCCAUCGACUCUCGUACUCGGAGCGCAAGCAACUAUCCAAAGAUUUGAAAAGUGCCUUGUCACAGAUACGUUCUAUUCCGAACCAGACCCCGUACUUCUUGGGUGACAGUCACGGCGGCCCGCUAUUUGAUUACCGUUUCCCCUCCGGCAUAUGUGGUCCAUUUCACCAUAUUUCUGAAUUCAAUUCCUUUCUCAUCCAUAAAUACGUGCACAGCGACACAAGGGACAAUGUUGCGACCAUCCACGCGCGUACGUACCGGUCUGUGUUCACCCAUGCCGACCUACAUCCCACCAAUAUUCUAAUUGACCAUGGGCGUCUGUCUGGAAUUGUGGACUGGGAAUGCGCCGGCUUCUAUCCUGAGUACUGGGAGUUUACAAAGCUUUUUUAUGGCGCACAGCCACCCCCGGAAAUGCAGUCUGUCAUUAGUGAUGCAUUCAAAGAUACAUAUGAGGAGGAACUUGAAACUGAGAGGCAUUUGUGGCGUGACACGCCAUUUGGGGUAUGA